GGUCAAAUUUCAGGUAUUGGUUGCCUGCCGUGAGGUGUAUAGAACGAAAGAAAGUGAGCUCUGGUGACAGCAUAUCGGGGUGUAUGUAACCGUUUAAUUUGAAGGCUCCAGAAGUUUUCUAAAAGUGACCCGAAAAAAGUGGACAACGCCUCGCGAGUUGUGAAAUAGGCUUCUCCUGUGUGAAAAUGAAUGUGGACGAGGCGACGGUUCUGUUCGGCUAGACAGGGCAGGCCCUGUGGGAAAGCUUUUUAUUGGCGCGUGCCACGCGUUUUACUGGAAUUAUUAUUUUUAAUGCUGCGAGAAUACGAUUGACAGAACAUGGUUAACUUCCUGGCGUCGUAAAACCGGACCUGAGUGCCAGGAGGACGCCGAUGACCAAGCUUUCCUAUCGCCCUAGGGGUGCGCUCACAGUACGACACCACCCAUAGCAGCUCACCUGCCCCUUCUGGUCUCUAUCGCUGUAGACGAGAUACCCUCAGUAUGUCUGCAGAGGAGAGGCUGCAGAAGCUUGAGAGCUUAGUCCUGGAGGGGCCAUCGAAGGAUGAGGCAUCCGCGAGCGUGGAGGCGCUACUGGAUGUGUUGCUCUGUCUUUAUCAGGAGUGUCUCUCGUCGGCACUGCGAAGGGAGAAGAAUGUCAUUGAGUUCCUUGAUUGGGCUAAGCCAUUUGUAUCCAAGGUAAAGCAACUAAGACUACGAAGAGAUGACUUUGAAAUUCUCAAAGUCAUAGGACGAGGGGCCUUUGGAGAGGUUGCAGUGGUGAAGUUAAAAAACACAGAAAAAGUAUUCGCAAUGAAGAUUUUGCACAAGUGGGAGAUGUUGAAGAGAGCAGAUACAGCCUGUUUUAGAGAGGAAAGAGAUGUACUGGUGAAAGGAGACAGCCAAUGGAUCACAACUUUGCACUAUGCCUUUCAAGAUGACAAGUACCUGUAUCUUGUAAUGGACUAUUAUGCUGGAGGGGAUCUUUUGACCUUACUGAGUAAAUUUGAAGACCGUUUACCUGAAGAUAUGGCUCGGUUUUAUAUAGCAGAAAUGGUCCUUGCCAUUCACUCCACGCAUCAGAGAAAUUAUGUGCACAGGGAUAUCAAACCAGAUAAUGUUCUUAUUGACAUGAAUGGACAUAUCCGACUAGCUGACUUUGGAUCUUGCCUUAAGCUGGGGAGCAAUGGAACUGAUAGCUUGGCACAGCUUCAAAAUAGUAGAUUUGGUUUAAUGCAUAUUUCAGAAUCUGAUUUCUUUUUUUUUUCUUCUCUUCAGGAAACUCCUCCACCAACAUCUCAUGGUAACUUUGCUGGUCAUCACCUUCCAUUUGUAGGAUUCACCUAUACCUCCCACUGUGCCCUGUCGGAUCGUGGCUGCUUAAAAGAGUUUGCUUCACAAUCAGAGCCCGUGGCUGCCUGUUCUAAUGCUUUGGAACUGAAAGUGAAGAAACUGGAGAGAGAAAAUGGGGAGCUAUCCAAGAAAUUGCAGGAGAGUCAGCUGGAAAGUAAUGAAGCAACAAAGCAGAAGAGAGAAGAUGAGUCUAAGCAGAUCAAAACCCUGGAAAACCAACUACGUUCUACCAAACAGGAGAAGGAUUCCCUAAAUAAGGAGUUAGUGGAGGCACAAGAAAAGUUGAAGGUCCUGACAAAGGAAUUACAUGAGGCCCAGACUAAGCUGAAGCAAGCUGUUAAAGAAUUACAGGACAUGGAAGAAAAGCAGACAGAGACUCGUUCGCAGAGGCAAAAGCUCUCACGACAGUUGAGGGAUAAAGAAGAGGAGAUGGAGGUGGUGAUGGCUAAAGUUGAAAGCCUUCGCCAGGAAGUGAGGAAAGUAGAAAAAUCUAAAAAGGAGCUAGAGAUCAUGGCUGAGGAGUCAGGUGCUGAAGCUGCAAAGCAACGUAAACUGAGAGAAAGGAGUGAAUCAUAUGGCAAACAGCUAGAAGAAGAGCUGGACAUCAUAAAGAAGAGACCAGGACUUCCUUCGAGUCAGCUGGGAGUGCCAUCUGAUACCCUACAAGAGCUCUCUCGAUUACGAACUGAACUUGAGAGACUGCAGGCAGAAAAAGACGAGGAGCUAUCCCAGCAUGUCUUACUGCACACAACAGAGCUGAAGACUGUUAAAAACGAACUUAGAGACAGUGAGAGUCAAUUGACAGCAUUGCAAAGUGAAGUGAACAUGCUGAAAGAGAAACUGGACAAGGCUAGAAACCAAAGUUUUCAAGAGCAUGAGGAAAUGUUAACAGAACUUCAGCACAAACAAGAGCGAGAAAAGAAUGUUCUGAAGGAUGCAAUGAAAAAGCUCAGUGAAGAUGUGGAGAAGCUUUCAGAGGAAAAUGACAAAUUGCAGGGCAGAAAUAAAUUAUUAGAGGAAGAAAUACAGUCUUUGAAUGAGAAGAAGGAAGCCAUUGCUAAUUGGGAAGCGCAGAUUACAGAUAUUCUUCAGUGGGUCAAUGAUGAGAAAGACUCUCGCUCCUACCUUCAAGCCCUCACCACUCGUUUGUCUGAAGAGAUGGAAAAUCUCAGAGCUGUAGAUCGCUCUAGUGCAAAACAGGACAAUCAAUGGAAAGCACGCCGACUUCAGAAGAUGGAAGCCUCUGCACGCUUAGAGCUGCAGUCUGCGCUGGAUGCAGAACUCCGAGCCAAACAAGGUCUGCAGGAGGAACUUAACAAGUUGAAGGCAACCAGUCUGGCAUGUGAAUGUAAGCUUCAGGAAGCAGAAAAGCAGAACAGUGAGUUAAAGGCUGAAGUGGAGAGACUUAAGAAUGAGUUGAAGUCACAGGCCUUUGAAGGCACAGGACCACGGCAGUCUAUUAUAACAUUAAUGCCUUUGUCUCCUAUUGAGAACAACUCAAUUGCAUUCUCUGGAUUUCCUGAGGUGAUUCCUGAGGCUCAAAAAGAAGAAGAGGUGGAAAAGGAAGUUGCAGACAUAAAUGAUGGAAGCUCAAAAUCCCUCAUUCAAAAGGUAACAACCAAGCCAAACUCUGCCAAGGCUCCAACAUCUUCAUCAGUUACCAAGCCUCCACCUCAUCAGUUCAAGAUAAAAACAUUUACAUCUGUUACAAAAUGUCAGCGCUGUACCUCUUUGAUGUUGGGCCUUGUUCGACAAGGUGUACAAUGUGAAGUGUGCAGCUAUGCCUGUCAUUUGACCUGUGCUGCUGCAGCCACUAUCUGCCCCACGCCACCACAUCAGAUGAACUCUUCACUGGGAGUAGACCCUGUUCGUGGAAAGGGCACAGCAUAUGAGGGAUAUUUAAGUGUACCGAAGCCUGCAGGUGUGAAAAAGGGUUGGCAACGAGCACUUGCUGUAGUCAGUGAUUUCAAGCUAUUCUUGUUUGAUAUUGCUGAGGGCCGAACCUCCCAAACUGGAAGCCCAGUGUCCCAGGUUAUUGACUUAAGGGAUCCUCAGUUUUCUGUCAGCUCUGUCUUUGCGUCUGAUGUCAUCCAUGCUAAUAAAAAAGACAUCCCUUGUAUACUCAGAGUCACUUACUCCCAACUAACACUACCCAAAACACAGCACUCCUUGCUCCUUUUGGCAGAUAAUGAGAGCGAAAAAGGCCGUUGGGAGAAGGUUCUUAAUGAACUGCACCUUCUGCUUAAAAAGCAUAAGCUUCCAGACACAUCUGUCUUCCUGCCAAAGGAAGCCUUUGACUCUGCUCUUCCACUUAUUCGUACUGCUCAAUCAGCUGCCAUUGUUGAUCAGCAGCGUAUUGCUUUAGGAACAGAAGAAGGUCUCUACUUGAUACAUGUCACAAAGAAUGAGAUCUUGCAGAUGGGUGACUGCAAGAAAGUAACACAGAUCAAUGUCCUACCCGAAAGCCAGCUAUUGGUUGUACUUUCUGGUCGCAGCCAUUCUGUACGCCUUUAUUCUUGGGAAGACCUUCAGAACCCUGAAUCUUGUGGAACCAAGAUCCAAGAAGCUCGUAAUGUUCAGGCUAUGACCACAGGCACACUUUUGCAGGGUACUGUAUCUUGUCUCUGCUUUGGUGUAAAGCGUCAGGUAUACUGCUACUCCCUAAAUAUUGGAAAAGUGCGCUACAAAAAAUUGAGAGAGGUUCAAGCUCCAGGAAAUGUGCAAUGGCUUGGGCUCUUUGAGGAUCGUCUGUGCAUUGGAUACCCAGGAGGAUUCACACUAUACCCUCUCACAAGUGAAUCUGGAGCUGGAGGAGGAGGAGGCAGUACCACAAAUCUUGUUAAUACUGAUGACCCAACAUUUUCCUUCCUGACCCAGCCUCCUCUGGCAGAUGCCUUGUGCGCAGUAAAGAUGAGGUCUGGAGAAUUUCUUUUGUGCUUUAAUUUGGCUGGUGUAUAUGUGGACAGUCAGGGUUGCCGCUCUCGCAAGAAGGAGCUAAUAUGGUUGGCACCACCUAUUACUUGCUGUUACACUGCCCCCUUCCUUUUAGUAUUUACUGAGAAUGCAGUGGAUAUCUUUGACGUGAACAGAGUGGAGUGGAUUCAAACAAUAUCCCUUAAAAAGGUACGCUCCCUGAAUACUGAUGGUAGUCUAAGCUUAUUUGGCACAGAGACCAUGAGACUAAUCUACCUUAGAAGCAAGCAAGCCGAAAAGGACCACUUUGAUGUCCCAGAGACGGAGGAGAACAGCAGGCGCCAAAUGCUGAGAACUAAAAGCAAGAGAAGAUUCUCUUUUCGAAUAUCUGACGAGGAGAGACUACAGCAACGCAGGAACAUGCUGAGGGACCCAAACAUGCGCUCUAAACUGAUUUCCAAACCCACAAACUUCAGUCACUUGGUGCAUGUUGGUCCAGGCGAGAAAAUGCAAAAUCUUAGGGAUCUUCCAAACCAGGACUCAACACUGGCACCAAUGAACCGUCCACGUAGUGCCACAGAAUCUGGCCGCCCUCUUUCUGCUGGUAGUGACCAAGCCUUGAGGGAAAUGUAUGCCAAGCGCCAGUCCCGUGGGUCCUUCACAGAUGACAUUCUCCUGACUCCGCAGUGCCUGUUUGCUGAAGGAGACAUGCUGUCUGAGAUUUCAGGCCACACUCAACAUCUCCGAGCAUCCCGCAGCUCCAGUGAAAGGGCAGACUCUCCAGUCCCAAAAUAGAAGCUCUGCCAGAACUCCCGUGUGCCAAAAUCUUCUCUGCAUCGCCAUCACUGCCAUUUUUGCAAGAUCGGCUGACUGGAUUGCUUUUCUGAAGCUGGCAAGAGAAGAGGAAGACAAAACUCAUGGAGAUUUUGGGCUCUUACUUUUUUUAAUUGUUUUUGAGAGUUGAUUUCUACAUUUGUAGCUUUGAGCUCUUUGAACUUAACAUGGAAAAAGUCUGUAACAGUGCUUUUAAGUGCCUGGUCAACAUCACAUUACAGAAUGAGUCAUUUCUGGUGUCCUCGUCAACAGGUCAGCACAGAUGGCACACUAUUUUUUUACAUUUACUCCUCAUCUGACUAUGAGAUUACCAAGCUCAUUUCCGCAGUGUCGAAUAAGUUUUUUACAUUUGCGGAUUCUACUUGACCAGUCUCCAGUUACUAAAGAAGGUCAAUAUCCCUUUUGUUAAAUAAUAAUAAGUGCAAUUAUGUGAAUAUUUUCCUAAAGCAUAAAACUUUUAAAAUAAUUUUUAUAGUUGUAAAAAUGUUAAUGAAAUGUACUAUGCAAAAUGUGAUAUAUCAUAUCAUGCAGAAUUUCAGGAAUUAUUUUAUUUUAAAUGUCCACAUUACCUUUAUUAGUGAACUACAGUCUUUUUCUUCAUUAAGCAUUUACAACCGUGAGCCUCAAGUUAUUCACACAGAUGGAUGCAGCCAUACUUCUGGGACCACUGAGAGCGUCUGUAUGGAUACCACUGGCCAAAGUGCUGGCAGUUGCCUCCAUGCUGGAUAUUUAAUGGUUUGUGUAGUGACUCAGCCAGUGCUGAUGGGACCUUUCUCAGCAGCAAAAAUAACUCUGUUACAUUUUUGUAACCCGCUAGUAAUGGGGGUAAAGAAACCAGGCUACUGCUUACCUUUUUUUUAUUAUUUCAGAAGACUGAUCUAAUUAUAAUUUGCUGGAUCCUUUUUUAACGUCUGUUACUUUCAAGAGUACACUAUUUGCUGUAUAAGAAGUACACCCUACGUUUCUGUUCAAUUACGUUGCAAAUUGACUCAUGUCAGAUGGAUUUUUUUUUUCCCCCCAAACUUUAUCUUGUUGUUUAAUGGCAACUAGUUGACACUUUCAAAGUGGACUUCAAGUCAAAAUAACAGGGGCCUCAAAGCACAAAUGCAAUGAGUGUAGCGGUGCCAGUGCUGCAACUUUUAUCCCUACAAGUUGUUACCUUUGCCAUUCAUUUUCUUCCUGGCUUAUACAAAGUAUAUUUCAAGUAAAAGUGAGAAGAUUUUGUAGCGAUCUUAUUCUUAAGUGUGAAGAUGUUCACAAUGAAGACUUUAGCUGAAGACAGUGGGAAGACUGAAGUGCCAGCACUUGCUUACUGAUGUCUCAUUUAGUAUCUAGACCGCUCCAUUUUUUUUUUUUUUUUAUUUAUCGACUGCAUCUUACAGUUUUCUGUAUUCACACUGCAGGGUAAACCGAAAACAUCUUUGAAGACAAAGGAGUAAUUGCUGGUCCUUGUGUCACAACAAUUGUUGCUGUUUUACUUUAUCUUUUAUCUGCUAUCUUGACAUGAGUUGGCCUUCAACCGCCAGUGUGGUGUCUUUUUUUCCCUAUGGUGAAGUGGUGGUGGUGAGUCGCUGUAAUGACGGCAUCCAUCAAUCAAGAGCGCCAACUGUUUCUUCACUCAGGAAGAUGCUGCAUGCCGUUUAUUGGAGAACUCUGGAAAUGGCUGUCCCUUCUACCUGCUGACUGUUACAAAAGAAUCCAGAGGGAAUGCUGUGCCAUGUCUCAAAUAUUGAAAAUACAUACACUCAUUCAAAUUUAUAUAUUGUAAAUAGAACACAAAUACUGUUACAAAAUGCCAAAGAUUUUAUUUCUUCACUGGUCUUGUGAUAUGGCUAUGUCCUGGUCUAUCUUCUUCAUGUAAUUUCAAUCAUAUGAAGAGGGUUCAUGUUUAGUAUCUUUUUAAAUGAUCUGCCACUUUAGCUCAUUCAGCCAGAGGGCUACACAAAGUACUUUGGAGUAGAAGUCAGCGAGUAUUACGUCAAACAUCUGGAUUUGCUAGAACAGAAAGGGCAAAAUGAAAAAAAAAAAAAAACACUACUGAACUUCUACUAGUGCAAUUUAUAUAAAAUGGUCUAUGUUUAUUAUACUGGGGAAUUUAUUAUAUAAAUAUCUAAAUGAGUAUUUUUAUUUUUUUGACUGACAUAUUUCAUAGUUAAUUUUUUUUAAAUACGUUUGUUAAAAACUUCCAAAUUCCUAUCCAGAGAAUGUACUACUGUACUUAUGUUUUUACAUCUUUUAGAAUUAUAAAUGAACCAUUACAAUGAAA